AUGGAUACUCAAGAGAAUCAGGCUCAUCAAGAACAAACAGAGAACGGUACAGUGAACGGAACAUCUGCUGCAGACAAUGCCAAAGAGAGCAGCAAAGGCAAUGAAGACAAAAAGAUAUUUGUUGGUGGAAUAGCAUACGAUGUGACGAACGAAGAUCUAACCUCAUACUUCUCACAGUACGGUGAGGUGGCGCAAGCGCAAGUGAAAUUCGAUCGUAACACAGGUCGUUCACGUGGCUUUGCGUUUGUUGAGUUUGCAACUGGUGAUGCGUGUCGUGCGGCUUUAGGAAAUCGUGAACAAACCCUCAAAAAUAAACAAAUCGAGGUUAAGCCAGCGAAAUCGCGAGAAAACAAAAAAGUAUUCGUCGGCGGACUGCCGGCUGAUUUCCCAGAAGAGGAUUUACGUGCACAUUUCGCACAAUAUGGCAAAGUGGAAGAUAUUGAGUGGCCAUUCGAUAAGCAAACGAAGGCUCGACGCAACUUUGCGUUCAUCGUCUUCGAAGAAGAGGAAGCUGCUGAUCGUGCAUCUGCGACACCGAAACAAACUUUCGGAGCGCGAGAGUGUGAUGUGAAAAAAGCAGUGCCACAAGGCAAACGUUUCAAUGCUGGUCGUGGUGCAGGCGUAAUGAUGCGUGGAGGGUAUGGAAUGGGACGAGGCACUGGUAUGCCGAAUGGAUGGUAUGGACAACCAGGUUGGGGUCAGAUGAGUGCACUGAGCGCUUAUGGAGCUGGUGCUGGCAUGAACGCAUGGGCUGAUUGGUAUGGAACUCCUGCUGCGAACUAUUAUCAACAAGGAGCGAAUGCAGCCGCGUACAGCGCUUAUGGUUGGUUGUUGCUCAAUAUUAAUCUCACUGUUCAAAAAUUCGUUAGUUCUGGCUAUGACAGUUAUGGACAGAGUAAUCAACGUACAGGUGGUGCUAGUCAACAGCGUUAUGCUCAACAGCAAUCCCAGCAGUAUUGA